AUGUCCACGCCAGUAUCCAACCGCAAAUACGGAGCCCAAAAGAUACGGUUAACUAUUCUAUGUGCGCGGAAUUUGGUCAGAAGAGAUUAUUUCCGAUUGCCAGAUCCCUUUGCUAAAAUAUCCGUAGACGGCAGUGGACAAGUGUAUUCCACUAAUACUGUGAAAGCAACUCUCGACCCUAAGUGGAAUACACAUUACGACUUAUAUCUGACUAAAGGAGAUGGUAUUACAAUUAGCAUAUGGAAUCAACGCAAAGUUCACAAAAGACAAGGCUCUGGAUUCUUGGGCUGUGUGCGAAUUCAACCAUCGACUGUACACAAAUUGAAGGACACAGGAUACCAAUGUUUGGAGCUAUGCGAGGACAAUGGCUUAGAAGCAUGCGGCGUACGGGGUCAGGUCAUCGUUUCUCUUGUAUCACGUGAUGCUGCUCGAGGCGAACCAGCGGCUGCGGCCGGUGAAGGUUCGCCUCUUGCUGUGGUGGGACCUGCUGGAGAUGUACGUGCACCGCGAGAUCCACCUCCUGUACCCGCUACACAAGCUGCAAGACCAAAUUUACCUCCGCAUUGGGAGGAGCGAUUUACGUCUAAGGGCAGAGCUUACUACGUAAACCACAUAACACGUAGCUCACAGUGGGAGCGGCCCGCGUGCGAAAGCUCGACCCCAACAUCUCCAAUUGUGUCGUCCCCACCCACCUCACCUACUCCUGCAGCAACUCCAUCCACCCCGGCAUCACCCACUUCUCCAUCAUCACCACUAUCACCAGCUUUGGACACAGAUGUUAAUUAUGCUACUUCUAUAUCUUUAAGACCAGAGCCCCAGCCUCAAACGGCGGUGCGAUCUCGUCAGCACUCUACCACGGCACCUGUCAGUCCACAAAAUUGUAAUCCUGUGACACCCAAUUCUCCCUCAACUCCGAUCGCUGCUACAGACUUACCACCCGGUUACGAGAUGCGCACGACGGGGCAGGGCCAGGUGUACUUCUACAACAGCGCGACGGGCGCGUCCACGUGGCACGACCCGCGCGUGCCGCAGCACCUGCGCCACUGCGCCGCGGCGGCGGGCCCGCUGCCGCCCGGCUGGGAGAUGCGCCACGCGCCCUCCGGCCGCCCCUACUUCGUCGACCACAACAACAAAACUACGCAGUUCACCGACCCCAGGCUCGCCCUGUCCGUGAGACUCCCCGCCCCCGCGGAGAGCGCGGCGCCGACGGCCGCGCCGGCCGCCCCGGCCCCGCCCGAGCCGCUGGACUCGGAUGCGCUGCCCAAAUACAAACGCGACUUAGCGGCCAAAGCGAGAGUGUUGCGAGCUGAACUUCAAGCGUUGCAACCCCAGACGGGACAUUGCAGAGUAGAGGUAUCACGAAAUGAAAUACUUGAGGAGUCGUACCGGCUCGUAAUGAAGUUACGAGCCAAGGAGCUGCGAAAACGACUGCUAGUGAAGUUCCGCGGUGAAGAAGGACUGGACUACGGAGGAGUGGCCCGAGAGUGGCUCCACCUGUUAGGCAGAGAAUUAUUUAACCCACACUAUGGUCUCUUCCAAUAUGCGAACGCGGGAGAUGACCGAUACGCAUUACAGAUCAAUGCAGAUUCUGGUGUGAAUCCAGAACAUCUCUCAUACUUCCACUUCGCGGGGCGAAUCUUGGGCGUGGCGCUGUUCCACGGGCACCAGCUCGACGCUGCCUUCACGGCGCCCUUCUACAAACAGCUGUUGGGCAGACCUAUCACAUUGCGCGACAUACGGGAUGUGGACCCUGAACUCCAUCGCUCACUUUCAUGGAUGCUUGAAAAUAGCAUCACAGGCGUGAUAGACACCACUUUCUCAGUGGAAUGCUCGUCGUUCGGCGCGGUCCGCAGCGUGGAGCUGCGGCCGGGCGGCGCCAACGAGGUGGUGACGGACGCCAACAAGCGCGAGUACGUGCGCCUGUACGUGGCGCACCGCUUCACGCGCGGCGCCGAGCGCCAGUGGCUUGCGCUGCAACGUGGCCUGGCCGACAUCAUCCCGCCGCAGCUGCUGCGGCCGCUGUCGCCGCGGGACCUGCAGCCGCUGCUGGCCGGGCGCGCCGACCUCGACCCGGCCGAUUGGCGCCGCCACACGCGUCUCAAACACGUGGCGCCCGAUGCGCCCAUCGUGGCCUGGUUCUGGGAGAUCGUGGAGGAGUUCGACGCCGACAUGCGCGCGCGCCUGCUGCAGUUCGUGACGGGGUCGCGGCGCGUGCCGCUGGCCGGCUUCCGCGCGCUGCAGGGCUCCACGGGCGCGGCGGCGCCCCGCCUCUUCACGCUCCACCUCGUGGCGGACGCGGCCCCCGAUUCGCUUCCGAAGGCCCACACUUGUUUCAAUCGUCUCGAUUUACCUCCUUACCCGAGCAAGGAGAGACUGCACGAUAAGCUCAAACAAGCGGUUCUCGAAACCGCAGGGUUCGCAGUCGAGUAA